AAAACUAUACUGAAUGCUACAGAUCUAUAAUUAGCAAUAGGUUCUUGAAAACUAUUUAUACUCUACUUGCCUGUGGUAUAUGCAGUUAUUUUCACAGCUUACAGAUCCGUCUGUUAUAUUAGUCUGUGUAUAAACAGUAUCAGUUUCAUAAGUUUUUCAGUUUCUGGUUUACAAUCGGAUAGUUGAAGCAAUAAUGCAGCUGCUAACGUUGGUGGUGUGUGUUGCUGUGGUGAUACUACUCGAGCAAUGUGAGGCUACCCCAUCACCCAUUGUCCUCAUUCCGGGUGUGAUGGGUUCCCAACUCCAAGUUAAGGAUCAGACCUCGAGUACAUUGUGUUCCACUGGUCGCAAAUACAAGGAGCUAUGGAUAUCUCCAUUACGAGUCACCCUCUACAAUAUCUGUGCCAAGAGAGAGCUGCCAUUGAGAUACGACGCAAACACUAACUCCUACCACAACAAUACUAAAGUGAAGAUCCAUGUUCCUGGAUUUGGUGGGACAUCGAGUGUGGAAUAUCUCAACCCUGGAUGGAUAAAUACACUCCCGUAUUUUCACGACACGGUGGAAUACUUUGUUGAUCGAGGCUACAAAAGAGGAAAGACUAUUCGAGGGGCUCCUUAUGACUGGAGAUUGGCUGCAGAUGAACUUGAGAAGAGAGGAUACUUCCAUCGUCUCAAGACGAUGAUUGAAGACAUGUACAAAACCAACGGUAAUACCAAGGUGACCCUGGUCGUACACAGUAUGGGUGGUCUCGUAUCCCUUCACUUUCUGACUGGCUUCAGUGGGAUUAACCAAGCAUGGAAGGAUAAGUACAUCCAUGCGUACGUUACAUUGUCAGCUGCUUGGUCUGGUGGUGCAGCGACUGUUCAAAGUGUCAUAUCUGGUUACCAUGGUAUUCCUGACUUGCUGUUAUUUGCGUACGAUUUGAUCAGCGACUUUAUUGUUCCGAUUGGUCGUACAUUCGAGAGUCUUCCUUGGUUGUUUCCGAAGCCCUCAGUGUUUGGCAAUGUUGCUUUUAUAUCAACACCGUCCAAAACAUACUCAGCUAACAAUUAUGAACAGCUGUUUCGUGACAUCAAUGCUCCAAAUGUUUAUCGGGCUUUUCAAGGCGUGCAAGGUUUAGUAUCGGAUUACCCCGCUCCCAAUGUACCAACAUACUGUUUCUAUGGAGUUGGUGUACCUACCCCGGAAAAAUUCACCUAUUCAAAAGAUCUGACACCUAGUAAUGCUAUUGGCUUACGACCAGUUGUUAAGAACGGAGACGGAGACGGAUCAGUAAACACUAUUAGCUCUAGGGUAUGUCACAGGUGGUCAAGUAUGCCUUCCAAAUAUUCGUUCCGGUACAAGGCCUUCAACAAAGUAAAUCACGCCAAGAUUGUGUCUAACAGCAAAGUUCUCGGAGACAUUGGUGCAAUAGUUGGGGCACCUCCAAAACGUAAAAGUUGGUGGGCCAAAAGAUAAAUUUUGUAGUAUAAUUAUAGAAAAGAAGAAUGACAAUUUAAUGCUGUAAAAUUGUGAGAAUGUACGCAUAGUGAUCGAUUUUAGUUGUCUAGCAAAUAGUAAACAGUCUAGUAGUGAUUAUUACCAUGCUUAUACAAACAGAAAUGAACCAUGUUGAAACAUUGAAA